AGUGGCUCUUUAUAAGAGCAAAACUAGAAACAACAUGUCAUCUUCAGAAGUGUCUUUGUGAGCUGAAAAACUGCCAUCAUUCACAGAGCAGAGCAACAUGUUUUGUAUGCUGUGGAUCAUCUUUCAGACAAUGGCUCACCUGGUGGCGGCUGGAGGACAGUCUUCAGGUAGUGGUGAGGGUGGUGGUGGUGGCGGCAAUGGAGGAGUUGUGAAUGGAGGCAUGGUCGGUAAUGCUGUUAACCCAGGGGUUAGGAAUGGGCUUGCCUUAAAUGGGCGACCCUUUCUGGCACAGGUAGUACCAGUUGGUGGAUCAUUACUUAUUCAACAAUCGAGUGCACUUGGUCAGGCUGCCAUGCCCCAGCUGGUCCCCAUUGGUGCUCUUCAGCAGGGUGGGGCACUUCCUGUAGAACAGUUGGGAGCAGCCAAUGGCAUACCACUACAACAGGGACAGCUUCCUCAACUAGCCAAUGGGGUUGUACCAUUAUUUGCAGUUCUGCCACAGGCAAAUGGCAUUGGAGGCCCCCAGGCUUCAAUGUUGAUGCAGAUUAUUCCUGUGGGUGGAGGAAACAACAUCCAGCAGCCAGCUGCUGGAGGGAAGGCAGGCAAAGCUAGAGUCAAGCAUUCUGUCCCUUUCCAUGGAAUGGCCACAUCAACAAGAACAAAUACUCCACUGACGAAGGUGACUACUGGAGAGGUGGAAGAAUCCUCUGGCUCUGACUCACCAGUGAAUGCUGAAGUGAGGCUGAGCAUCUCAAACCUGAACAGCAUUCUAACUACGGUUGCAAAAAAAUUCUGGUAACUGGGAUGUGUGGAAAGUGGGAAAGUUAACAGAAUUGUGCAACCCAAAAUUAACUAUAUAACCUGUAAUAUCAAGCACCAGAAUCUCGUCAAGCUGCCAAUUCCAGAUGACAAAUUACCUCCACAGGCGUUACCUUCAAUUCCUGGGUGCACUACUAUAACUUGCUGUGUUGCCUUCUUGUUUGUCCCCCCCUUUACUUCAAAAUAUAUCUCUGAAUAAACUUGAUGAAAGAAAAGUGUUAUUCCAGUCUCCUUUGACAGAAACUAAAACUAGAUUAACAGACGGUCUGACUGUAUCUCGACUGUGUGUCCAUAUACAUGUUUUGUAACAACGUUCCCAAUAUACUGGACAUGAUGUUAUCACAGCUGAUGUCUUUGAAUA